AUGAGCUCCGAAUGGGUUGUUCACUCAUUCCACAUCAACGUGGGAGCCGGAGACUCUGCCAUCCACAUCCGCGCAAAAGCAAGCUUCACUAAACCGCAAGCACCGCCCACAUACGAAUAUGACCGAGUGGUUCUGAUAGACGGCGGCGAUGGCAACUGCGAUGGCUGCACUCGUAUACAGAAACUCCUUUCUGCACUUCCCUCUGUAUACGAAAACAAGCCUGUGGCCCCGAUGCUGCAGCUCGACGCCAUUGUCGUUACACAUUGGGAUACGGAUCAUUGGGCGGGCAUUUCACGUCUCAUGAUCAACAACCAAAGCAAAGAUGGAAAGAUUCCGUUUCUCAAGUCCAAGGAUGAAGGACUUACGACAAUAUACGCCCCGGACGACAACUUCCCAAAUGGCUGCAAUUUCAAGGUGGAAAAGGGCAAUCCCCCAACGAUUACUAUGGGCAAGUCGAAAAAAUGUGCCAAAUUUUACCAUGGGAAGACCCUGAUCGGGGCCGACUUCUUCGAGGAUUUCGUACCUGGUAAGAAAAAACUGCCCGGGGGGGGAGCUAAAGGAUUGUACUCUACCAAGGGGAGCGGGUAUAAGAAACCAGCCAUGUUCUGCGUGGCCUGCAAUAACGUCACAAUAUUGAAUCAGGUAUCACUGAUAGACUCGCCCAUUACCAUCACCAAUAUGCGGUCAAUCGCAAAUAUCAUCGUCUGGCCUGGGGGGAAGGUGUCACAUUACUUCGCAGGGGAUCUGAACCAUGCCAACGAGUCUCAUAUUGCAGAUUGGAUCGGAGAUGUGACAAUCCCAAACAUUAAACUUAGUCACCACGGCGCAAAGUCCUCUACACCCCUCAACAUGUUGGUUCAGUAUAAACCGACCAACGUGAUCAUAUCAGCAGGUCACAAGCAUGGCCAUCCGAGUCCUGAGACUCUCUUGUACCUCGUUGGGUACUUCGAUAGUCUGGCUAAAGAUAAGCCCUCGCCAGAUGUAUCACGCUCUCUUUGGGUUACACAGUAUCCUCACUGGAUGACUAUCGACGCCCACAAUGACUAUCUGAUGUUCCAUCGUUUCUCAACACAGCCUUUCUUUCAGAUCCCAUCAGGCCAGACUGGCAAAGCAGCCAAGAUCUUCAAGUACCAGCAGCAGGUUGCACACUUUUUCAACCAAGGUGCAUCCAAACUUCGAGACGAUGCAUGGACCGAGCUGCAACUUUGGGGUAAGAAUUAUGCGCGGAAUAAUACGGUCUCGCGGAGGAGAGCGUUCAAUUUCAUCGCCUCGAAGCUCUCGGAACGCUACAAGCAAUUUUCCGAGAUUGGAGCCAACACAGCGCCCGGCUUCUCAGCCGCCAGCACGGGCACCGCGAAUCGUCCAGGGGACCAGGUCUGGUUCAUCGGCGUCCUGCAAGCUUAUCCCUUAUCGAAACGUUUCAAACCGAAUAACAGGGUUUACUAUCUAAAACAAUCCCAAAAGCUCAUAAUAGACCUCAUUCCAGAAAGAGACGUCAAAGCAGGCCCGAAAAAGCGCAAGGCCGACGAGGUAAACGGAGACAUCUCCUUGCGGACUGUGUCAAGGCAACCCACAAAUCAAGCGGCAAAUCCGCUUCCAAACCUCAAGAGGACUAAGAUCACACGAAAUGGCUCACAAAUCUCUACAGGUUCGCUGUCUACGCUCGUUAGCGCUGCUGGGGGCAACGACACGGAUGAAGAGGAAAUUCUCUUUGAGGACCCGAAAAUAGAUCCGGGACAGAUAUCCAACAAGAUAACUUGGGCUCUGUGUUGCAGUAGCUUCUUCGAUAGCAACCCACUUUAUAUACCGCCAUCCUUAACUCCACUGCCAGUCGGGCACGCCUGGGAUUCAUUCGUGGCUACACUCCCUCGUGGCAUUAUUGGGUUUGACACAACUGGUCCUCUGAGCACAGAGAAGCCCUUUAUCCUCCCGGUUCAUACCACUGACGAUGCAUGGCUCUCUUGGAUGCGACUAUGGGCAGGCGUCAAGUCGAUCGUUGGCGUCUUUGAUGAGGACCCCAUUAAGAAUUAUGGCACGACCAACGGCAUUCCGAGCAGUUUUCGAUUGUCUCUACUCAACGGGGUGACAUUCUCGACUCUGAACUUGAACAAAGCAGUAGGACUUGACCCCGAACGCAAUAUCGUUUCGAGACUAGGUACUUUCCCAGGCACGGGGAUGAUUGGAUUUGGACUGUCACCGAACAUAACAACAUGGGAAGGCACUGGCUCCAACAUCAUGAAGACCUUAGACGAUUACCUAGGCUGGGACUCAUCAAACCUUGUCAACUCUUCUGAGUCAUCCCUGGCAGGCCUGAUCUUGAGAUCCACUUGGCACCUCAGGCAGGAGGUUGGAUCGCGAGGAUCUGCCAUAUGGCAUGUUCCGUAUCUAGGAGAUCUAACGGCCGUUAGAUUGGAGUUUGAACUGGGUAACGUGGGGGAUGAUUUUACAAAGUCCUUCAAUGAGAUCCUUGGUAACUUGGGCAUAUCCGUCUCCCUCAAAGAUUUGGGCAUGACCUUUAAGUGGUACAGUUUAAGAGCGACAACUCAGGGGGACGAAAAAAGCCCUGAAUUUGCUGUCCAAGGAUUCGCGAGAAUCUGGCUUCACUCUAAGCUGAAGCUCUCACUUAACGUCGAUCCCCUUGAAAUUGAGAUUGAUCUUCUUCGAGACGACGAUGAUCCGGCAAUAACACUCCGCAGCGGACCAAAACUCUUGACGAUUGACGGCAUGAUCGCCGAACUAAGAGACCUUAUUAAGCUUCCCGAGGGUUCAGAUGUCCGUGCGAAUAUACCGAGCGAUUUCUUCCCUAGCAUCGCCUUUCGGCGGGCCGUGUUGCCAUACGACAGUACUGCCGCGUCAUUCACGCCCAAGAGCCUGGCGCUGGAGUUCGAGGCUAGCUUUCAUGCUACAGGGGACGACGACUCCCCUGUGUCUGCAAACAUAUGUAUAGCAUACCAAACUGGCCCUCCCCGUCAGCUGCGCUUUCAAGCGAGUCUGUGGACGCCUAACCUUACCCCUCUCGUUGAAGGAUUGCCGUAUCGGCUCCUCCCUGCCUAUGAGGUCUGUGACGACUAUGGACCACAACCCACAGCUGCUUCGUCGAUUUCCCUUCUCAAGCUCAUACCAGGGUUCGAAGUAUCGCAACCUCCAGCUGGUAUCCCAACAAAUGUGACCGCGCUUGGCUUCGGAUACGAGGACGGGACUGUGACUAUCUGGGGAACGCUAGAGGACUGCACUCUUCCAGGUGAUCGACUACCUACCAUCUCGCUGGGUCAAAUGUCAAUCAACGGCACGUACGGCCCUGGAGGUAAGACUCUGGGCCUUCAAUUGGCAGUUCAGAUCUCUCCUCCGGACAAUCUCAUAGAUAUGGAUUCCAUGCUGGGACCGAGUCUUCUGACUGGCAUCUUCUCUUACGAUUCUAACCAUGGUUGGGAUAUAGAAGCCGACGUGGCGGACCUCAGUCUCGCUCAUAUCUGGCAGUUCUUCGACUCAUCUCAGCAAACGUCUCUGGUCAAAGUAUUGGGUUCCAUCAUGGUGCGCAAUUUGUCUAUCAGGUAUGCAAUGCAAAAGAGCGGUUCGAACACCGUCUCCCAGCAAGCCACAGAGCUGAAGAUCAAGGGAGAUGUAGAGAUUGGCCUGGGAGACGAUGGAUCGCGGCCUCCUCACUUGCUGUUCAAGUAUAAUUACCCUUUGGACGGUCGGUGGAAUAUGGAUCUCAGUUUCGAAGAGACUGUUAGCCAGGACAUCACCAUUGAGAACCUUCUGGGUACUUUGAGUCCUAGUGAUGGGUUAUUGAAGAGCAUAAUUGACCUCGUCGGCGGCCUUGUUCUCGUUAGAAAUGGCUCUCAAUCGGGACUGACCAUUCAAGUCAGUCCAGAACUGCAAGGCACCAACAAGAAGAUUAAUCUCCGGGCCAAAUUGCAUGUCGACCGAUUCGUUUUCACAUACUGCCAAUAUACUUCUACAGACGAGAAGAGUGUAUUGAAGCGCUUCCUAUUGAUUUCGGUCAACCAGUUUGAGAUACCUAUGCCGAACAUACCCGUUCUUAAGCAGUUCAAGAGCCCUUUCGACAGCCUUUACAUUCUGUGGACGGAUAGUGAUAUAAAGCAGAGCGAUCUGACAGCAUUGAAUCCAUCACUAGCAAUAGCCAUGGAAACUGAUAAUAUUAUGAGUGGUGAAGAUGAGGAAGUCUUCAAGGCUGGUUUCCACACAGGCAUCAUGUCGGAUAAAAAGGUCCUUCUGAACCACACCUUUGGGAAACAAACUAACGACAAGACUGCAUCGAAUGCCCAAGAAAAUGCCUGGGUUAACCCUUCAGUAUUGCCCCCUGAGAGGAAGGUCGACACAACUUCAAAUACGUCGACUAAAAACUUCCAGAAGAGGCUCGGCCCCUUGACUAUUUCUAACAUUGGGCUGAAGUUCGAAAGUGGAAACAUAGUUGUCGUGCUUGACGCAACACUGAAGGUUGGACCCGUUGAGAUGCAGAUCAUGGAUUUUGGACUCGGGCUCAAGCUCUCUGAUCUUUCCAAAGACACGUUCAGCUUCAUCCCCUCAUUCUCCGGGUUUGGGUUGGCAAUCGACUCUCCCCCGCUCGAUCUUGCUGGCGCAUUGAUCAAGCGCGGGGACUUUUACAUGGGCGGGGUGAUUGCGGCGUUCAAGCCAUAUAUCUUCCAGGCGGUUGGCGCAUACGGGACCAUCAAGAAAGGAGAUGGCGCUGUGAUCAAGACAACCUUCGUCAUCUUGGCCUUGGGUGGGCCGUUAUUGAACAUCAAUGGGAUCGAGAUAUCUGACGUGACUGCGGGUUUUGGAUACAACUCCGACAUCAGAUUUCCAGAUCCUACUUCGGUAUCUUUGUUUCCGCUGAUCGCAAUGGGCCAGCCACCAGCGCCACUUGAUCCUCUGAAGAUAUUUACUGAACUUGCAGAGACAACAUGGAUCACACCCGUUGCAGACUCGUUCUGGGUGGGCGCUGGGGUCAGAGGAUCUGCAUUCAAUAUGCUUGACGCAAAGAUCGCAGCCGUUUUAAAGAUCCAAAAUGGCACUCUCUCACAUGUUGGAGUUUUUGCCGACUGUAAAGCGCAGAUCCCUCAAAGCGGAGCCACGAAGCUCUUCGCUUCCGUCGAGCUUGGUAUUACCGCGGUAUUUAAUCUGGUCAAUGGAUCUAUGCUAGUCUAUGGAUCCCUUUCACCGAACUCAUAUGUGAUCGACUCUUCGUGUCGUCUCACUGGAGGCUUUGCCGCCGGUACUUGGUUUGGUCCCUCGCUUUAUGCUGGGGACUGGGUAUUUGCUUUAGGAGGGUAUCAUCCCAAGUACACGCCGCCAUCGUAUUAUCCUCAGGAGAUCCCACGGAUUGGUAUCUCGUGGCAAGUUUCGGAUCGAAUAUUUGUCAAGGCUGGUGCAUAUUUUGCAAUUACACCAAAAGCGUGUAUGGGAGGAGCUUCAAUGCUCGCGACAUGUGAUGUCUGUGGCCUUCACGCCUCGUUCUCGGCCAUGAUUGACUUUCUCAUGAACUUCGACCCUUUCCACUAUGUCUUGGAAGUUUCUAUCGACAUCAGCGUCUCAUGGAGCGGCUAUGUCCUCUUCAUCUGGGUGAGUUUCGGCUUUGAUAUUUCGGCCAGCUUGUACAUGUGCGGGCCUCCAGUGUAUGGCAUAUUCACCAUAAAGGUCCCCAUAAAGAACGUGACUGUGAUGUUUGGCGACAGUAAUGGACAAAAUGCACCUGAUAAGGUUUGUCUAGAUACGUUUCGCAGUAUGCUUCAGCAAAAUGGGCAAGGCAACAAGGAGGAAUUGAAGAUAUCGUGCGGAUCAGGGUUGUCCUCAAAGGACGACACCACAGGUCACUGGACUGUGAGAGCCGGGACCUUUGCAUUUGACGUGCGAUCGAACAUGGCAACCACACAGGCUUACUUGAAUGGCACCGCUGUGGGAGCUGCUAACAAAGUCUAUGCUAAACCCAUGCAAUUGACAGAGAGUAGCAAUGGACUAAAGACCGAUCUCAUAAUCACUGUCACAGACACAAGCAGUGAUGAUCAGUAUCGAUCAGAUGUCAUAUCGGGAAACCUUCCCGCAGCAUUGUGGUCACCGUAUGAUUCGACCAGAGAUCCCAGUGUUUCCAAUGCGGACAAGUCUGCUCUCCUCGAUGGCUCAGCAUCGACAAUCUCGUCUACAUAUGGGUUGAGUGUCCGUACACCAAGACCUCAUCUCUCCAAAGAUGAGAUUAAGCCUUUCAAGAUAAGCAACGUAAUCUUUCCCAUCACACUCGAGACCGGAGCUAUAUCUGCUCCAGUUCCUUCCUGCCCAGUUCAAGAUGGAUCAUGGGAAGGGAAAGAAGCGACAGGAGAUACUGUUGCACAAAAGAGGAAGAAUGUCCGAGGCAUUUGGGGAAACGAGAAUACGAAGCGCGAAGCAUUUGCGAACGCAUGGGUUGGAGCCAUGGAUUGGACAGAGUUCACGCCCAUAACCCAGACUCCGACGCGAUUAAUUGAUGGGUUUGAUAUUUUGGUACGAGGAACACCGCUUAUCAAUUGGGGGUAG